UUUAGGGUGGCUUGGUUGGCGAGCGAGGGAGUCGACUGCUUCUUUAUUCUUACGCUUCCAAUUGGGAGGGAACGUGGAAUAGAAUCUCUUCUGUUACUCUGUGAAAGAAUCAGAUAGAGAAGGAGCCUCAGCCUAGGGUUGGCGCCACCACUUUCCCACGCUCUUCUACUCUGUUUUUGUCCAAAACCCUAAUACUCUAUCGAGUUUCAAGGCCACAAUCUUGGGGGGUUUUUUCUUUUUUUUUCUUUCCUUGUGUUAAUCUCAGGACUUAACGAUUACGUGAUCGCAGCCUCGAAUUUGAAUCUCAAUUGAUGCGGUUAGUGGUUCAGAACUUGUUUAUUGCCAAUGAGUUGUGUUGCUUGUCCUCAAGGCUUCGUUUGAUUCGUUUUCGCACGCUGUGUGUCGUUUUGCGAGAUGGAAGUGAGGGGAAGUUGGUAGUUUAGCUCUGUAAUUCUUUGUGUAUACUGGUUGAUGGGUUUGUGAGAAAUGGCGCGUUCUUCUGUUUUUGAUGAUAUUCAUGGAAAGGGGAGCUUUGUGGGAGAUGCAUUAUAGCUUUUACAUAGUUCUGUUUCCAGUUCGAGGAUGCUUUAUCGGUGGCUUGAGUUAAAGAAUGUGCAUGUGCCAUUGUUGCUCUUGUGAUAAAAUUUACCAUUGUAGAACAGUCAAAUUCUAGUUUUAUAGGAUUUGAGAUGUAUGGUCAACCAAAUUAUGGUUCUCAGUUCGGGCAGGGUCCUCAGAAACCAUGGCCACCUGCAUACCAACAGCGUGCAGUAGCACCUCCUCCGCCUCCUCCUCCUACCUCAUAUAUUCAACCAGGCCCUCCAAUCCCAUCACGUCCUAUAACUCAACAACCACCUGCACCUCAACUCCAGGCUGGGCAACCUCUUUAUAUGUCUCAGUCUGGUUCCCAUGGCCCACCCCCACCUCCUCCCCCACCUCCCCUUUGUCAGCGCCCAUCCAUUCAAGUUCUAUCUGGUGGGAUCACAAAUAUCCAUCAAACAUAUUUUCACACGUUUCCACCAGUCCAUGGAAGCACACAAGUUUCUCAAUUUAACUCAAAUGCUCAGUCUGGAGUUCAGAACACGCAUCACGUUCUACCUCCACCACCGCUGCUACCACCGCCGCCACCACGCCCUCUUCAUGCUCCUAGUCCGGAUUUAUUACGGCCUCCGCAGUUUUCUACUAUAGUACCUCUUCAUCCUCGUUCUCAGGGACAAACAUUGUAUGGAGCUCGAAUUAAUCCACCGUUGCAACAAGGUGGUUUGCAGAUCUUUCCCUCUAUCCCACAACAUCCCACAACAUCCAAUUUUCCUACUCCCCCUUCUUUUGGAGGACUCAUGCAAUCAAAUCUUGGAGAACCUCAUUUGCUUCCAGUGGCUCCUCCACCACCACCAUCCUAUCCACCACCUAUUCCACCUUCUCCCCCUCCUCCCACCUCGCCUUCUUCUUCAAUUCCAAACUCAGAUUCCUCCAACUUGUUGUGCCAGAUUGAAUUUGAUCCUAGUUCAACCAUUCACUGUAGUAAAAGGUUAAAGGCAUUUGAAAAUGAUCCAGUAGUCGCAUCUCCCAGUCAUUUAGGGGAUAAUAGACCCAAGCAUGACAAACACAGAAAUUUAGAGGGUGGUAUUGGCCUCAUGAUGGGUUCUAAAGUUGACAAUGAGAUAUUUUCAGACAAAGAUUAUGUGCAGGUUCUUCCACCAUCUCCACCUAAGCCAAAAGAUGAUAGAAUUGUCAGGAAAAUAGAAGUGUUAUGUCAGCUCAUUGCUAGUAAUGGUUCCAGUUUUGAAGACGCAACUCGUCACAAGGAAUUUGGGAAUCCAGAGUUUCAAUUUUUAUUUGGUGGUGAACCGGGAAGUGAAUCUGCAAUUGGCCAUGAAUAUUUCCUGUGGAUGAAGAAGAAAUAUAGCUUGGCUUGCAAAAAUAAAGAAAUGAAAGCAAAAUCUCCAUCGAGAUCUUUAGGCAUUGAACCACAAUCUGAGUAUUUGACAGUGUCAGCAGCAUCCAUUUCACCUGCAAACUCUGACAUGGAGAUGGGAGAUGACAUCACCCCAGCUGCUAGAGGAGAAGAAACUGGUCACUUAGUUCAAAUUCAAAGCUACAAGAGAAAAUCAAGAAAAGAGGAGUAUGAUGUAAAGGAUCAGUUACAAGGACCUGAAGAUUCACAAAGAUGUAGCCGAGAAAAGGAGAUAGAAGCUGAAGAUGGAGGGCCGAAACUACUGCUUGGCCAUGAAAAAUCUGUCAGCGCUGCAGCUUGUCAAGUUCACAUUCCAGACAGAAUUUCUGCUGGACUUUCUGAACCGGCUUUAGGAAACAAUUUUGAGAGUUCUGUUACGUGCUCGCAAAAUGACAAAAAUCUAUCUGGUGAAGUUGCAGCUUUUGAAGCCACUAAUUCUAGUCAGUCUGCUGCACUUGUUGCAGGUGGCAGCCCGUUUAGACUUAUACAGGACUAUUCUUCGGAUGAAAAUUCAGAAAGCGAUGAGGAAUCACACCUUAAAGAUGUCCGGUUUGUUGCUGUCUCACCUUCAACUCCAGUAUCUUCCAAGACUUCAGACAAAUACACUGAUCAACUGACUAAUCUUGGAUCAAAAGGUUCUUGCCAGGUUGAACUGAGUUAUGCUCCAACUUGUGAACACUCCAUGCCUGAAUCUGGUGCUCAUUUCCUCUCAGGACCACCAAAGUUGGUUUUUGAUGCCAAUGAGGCAAAUGUCAGAAAGACAGGGAAUGAACAGAGUUGCAACAACCAACGGAAUCAAAUUGGUACUAGCACCAGUCCUAAGUCUUUGGAUGCAUUGAAUGGUCGUAGUGUUGAUGUUGUCCAGGAUACUGACAAGUUACGAAAAGAAAAUGAUGAGGAAAAGGUGAAGCUGGGAUCAUCUCCUGUAAAAAUAGAUGAAUUUGGAAGAUUAGUUAGAGAAGGUGGCAGUGAUAGUGAUUCAGAUGAUUCACUCUAUAUAAGGAGACAUAAGAAUAGAAGAGCUAGAAGUAGUAGCGAAAGUCAUUCUCCUGUCGAUAGGAGGGGACGAAGGAGUCCAUGGAGAAGAAGGGAGAGGCGAAGCCGCUCUCGCAGUUGGUCUCCUCGUAACCAAAGAGGCAGAGGCAGAAGCAGAAGCAGAAGCAGAAGCAGAAGCAGAAGCAGGUCUCCUGUCAGCAGACGUACAAAUCAAUUUAAUAAUGAGAAUAUGAGACGGGAUAAGGGUAUUAUGAUACGGAAAUGCUUUGACUUUCAGCGCGGUAGGUGCUAUAGAGGAGCAUCUUGUCGCUAUGUGCACCAUGAACCCAGCAAGAACGAUGGAUCAAGACUUCACAGGAGCAAACAUCAUGAUGUUCACCCAACUUCAAAGAAUAUAAAAAGUAGAGAAGACACUAUGAACACGUCUAGGGACAUAUCAGAUCUUGGGCAUAUUAAAGUUGAGAAUCAGGAGUGCAUCCAGCAUAAUGUGUCCCCAAAGCAUGAUGCCCAUGCUUGGAAUACUGAUAGUCCCACUCGCGAUGUGCAUAGAUGUCAGAGUUCUAGAGAUGGAACUAGCUUAGUUGAAGAAGAUUUAAUAAAUUCAAAACCAGCAGGAGCUGUCCACAUUCAUGUUAACAAUAAUGGUCAAGAAACAGAGAAGUCUUAUGAGCAAUGUUCAGUUGUGGCCUCAUCACAAUGCAUGAGCAAUGCUGAUACUGAGAAAUUCUCUGGUGAUAUUUCCACAAGCAUGCUGACUUCUGCGGAGAAUUCUGUGGCUCAGCAAUCCAACAUGCUUGUUUCAGAGCUUCAAACUGCUAAUAGCUACUCACGCCCGAUGGAUGGUUCUUUUAUCUCCAAUUUAUUACCUGAUCAAGUAACUGUGGUUACCACCAAUAAAGCUCCUGAGUGUGAACUUUUUCCGGAUAAAACUUCAUCCAUCAAUGAACAGUUUGAUGCCAGUUCUGCUAGUCAGCCACCUAUGACCUCACAAUUUUUAUCGGAGUCUCCAAUACCGAAACAAUUUUCUGCUACUGCUCCAGGUUGUGCUAAUGACGAUGCCCAUUCUCUUAGAGCGCUGCCUCCUCCCCCUCCUCUGCUUCCUCACAUGACUUCACAUGUCAAUGGUGCUGAGGUUCCAAUUUCUGCCCCAUAUAGUUUUGUGUCACAAAAUGCAUCCUUUCCUUCUAAAUCUUCGUUGCCAGGAGGUUUUCAUCCUCAUCAAGAUUUUGUAUCCAUCCAACCAUCUAAUGACCACAGUACCCCUUUACUGCCACCGAGACGGUUGUAUGAUUCAACAUUGGCUCCUACAACGACCAAAGAUGGUACGCCAAUGCAAUUUCAUCAGAGUAAUUUGUCUCAAGGAAGUGAUCUAGGUUCCCAGUCUGUUAUGAAAUCCCAGCCAUUGGAGUUGCAUUCUCGUUCAAAGAUUGGUGAGUCCCCAUUACAGGAGCCUUGUAGAGGUCCAAUGCAUAUGGAUGAAAUUAGAUCUAGUACCCCAGUUGCAACCAAUCGACCUAGUCUACCAUUUGGAUUCCCGAGCUUUUCGAAUGAAGAAAACUUUGGGCGGACUUCUGUGGAGAUGAAUUCUUCAAGUUUUUUUCCUCGGCGAAACUUUAAUGACCAAUCUAUGCCCUUUACAGAUGCAAAUAGAAUGCAAUUUUCUGAUGACAAUUUCCCUCCUAGUGAGUUUCGAAGUUCAUUUUCACAGUUUCAUCCUUAUUCACGGUUUCAACAGCCAUUUUAUGCCUCACAGCCUGCUCAUGAUGGUUUGUUACGUGACUCAAGUCAGAUUGGUACUAUGUCUCGACAUUAUCCCGAUCCUUCAAUCAGGAACCAUUCAUCUUUGCCCCCUGAUUUUCGGGGUUUGGGAGUUACCACUUAUCAUAAUCCUUAUGCAUCUACUUUUGAGAAACCACUCAGCUCCACCUACAGUUCUAACAUUUUGAACUUUGGAAAUGAUGCACCUAGUGGUGAUAUACGCGAUUCUACUUUCAAUGCGAGCAAUGCUCGAGUUGAUGGCCAAGGUGCUAAUUAUGUUGGAUCAAGACUGACAACUGCGUCUCCAAACUCUACCAAACCUUUGGGGAAACUCUUGCCCAGCCCAGGUGGUGAUCAGUAUGAUCCACUCUUUGACAGCAUGGAGCCAUCAUCACCUAUAAUUAGGAAAUCCGAUCGUGGUCAAAAGCUGGAAAAAACAAGAGAAUAUCAUAUGACGACGAGACUUGGUAGUUCCCAUAAAUUACUAGAUGUGGAGGAGAACAACAAGCAUAAGGAAGUUGUUGCUGUGGCUUCGACUACUUCGCUGGAUAAUGAUGAAUUUGGGGAGACAGCUGAUGCAGAAGCUGGUGCUGUUGAGGAUGACUUUGAUGAUGAAGCAAACUUAUCAGGAGAGAUUGAAAUUGAUCAGGUUAAGUCCUCAGAGAAGAGCAAGAAAUCCAAAGGUUCUAGGUCCCUUAGGCUUUUCAGGAUUGCUAUUGCCGAUUUUGUUAAGGAAAUUCUAAAACCGUCAUGGAGACAGGGCAACAUGAGCAAAGAAGCUUUUAAGACAAUCGUCAAAAAGACUGUUGACAAGGUAUCUGGAGCUAUGAAGAGUCACCAAAUACCCAAGUCUCAAGCAAAGAUAAAUCGAUACAUUGAUUCAUCACAACAAAAACUUACCAAGCUUGUUAUGGGUUAUGUUGACAAGUACGUCAAGUCAUAGAACAAGAUGGAAACUCCAUUUUCAAUGUGGUGGACUAGGAGAGCAACGUUAUUAAGGUUGUUCCUCCCCUUUUCACGUGGAUAUCAGGAAUUAUGCAUUUGUCUCGAACAUCUACAGGGGAUGGAUAGGUGAUAUAUCCAGCGUUCGUAAAUGUCGGUCAGAGUUUAAGUCAUGGUCUUGUGGAUACUGGAGAAAUAAUGAAGCUUAAGAUAUGUUGAGCAUCGCGGCCGCUGCAAAAUAUCGUGUAUGUAUUUUGUUUUCAUGAAAUAUUUUGUAUCCUUUUUACACUUUCUAGUUAUAUAAUUGAUGCAGUAAAUGUUUGAAAAUGAUCGUUUGUGGGAUUUUUUUCCUUUCAAAAUUUUAGUGUAAAGUUAUUACAAAAAUACUGCUGUUUGUAUUAGCACCGAAACACAUUUGCUUUAUACUUUCUGCAGAUUAACUCAAGUAGGAUGCAUAUAUAUGUUCAAAA